CUUCCUAGAACCAAACAAACCCACUCACUCUGUUUUCUCUGUUCAAACAGAGUUCACUUCACAUAAUAAUAAUAAUAACAACAACAUUUAACUUUCCUUCGUUUCUUCACUCUGUUUCCAUGCUUCCCAUAACACUGUUCUUCACACCAUCACGUUCCGUUGCCAUCGACAAGUUUCUAUUCCCCUUCCAGUGACUCUCUCUCUCUCUCUCUCUCUCUCUCACACACACACACACACACACAAACACACGUUGUUCUAUAAUGGACUCGUUCAGUUUCAACAACCUCCAAGCAGAGAAAGCCAACGCGAUUCUGAAACACCGGAAGCUCCAAAGGGUUGCAAGCUUGCUGCGAAUCCUGGAAGUGUGCGCUGUUUUGGUCUUGGUAUCGAGGGUCUCCAUGCAUCUACCAGUUGCACUCAGAAACUCCGGCGAGUACUUCAGAGACUUGUCUCUCUUCAUGCAUAGUCCUCGCUUCGUUUUCUUCGUCGGAAACGUCAUCAUCAUCACGCUCUUCGCGCAGUUCUCCGCUCAGGGCUCCGCCAGAAACCUUGGAGAACAGAACCUGUAUCAGGAGUUUGUCCACAACAGCGCAAAAGAUCAAAGGCACGUGGAAACGGUGGUGGUGGCAGAGUGCGGGAAAAAGAAACAGAGGAUCCGUCCGUCUCCCACCCUCUACAAACCUUCUCCUCCCCUGUUUUCAUCCUCUGUUUCUUUUUCCCGCACCCUGCCACCACCACCGUUUCCACGUGCCUGUGAUCUUUUGCGCUGUUGUGGACAAACUCCUGAUACAGGUUCUGUUCUCCAAGGUUUCUGGCGGAGCCCUGAGCGGAGAACUGCGCGAAGAGCGUGA